AUGGCUGGAUUAGACUACCUUCUUUUUGAGGAGGCCGCAGGAUAUGCCAUUUUUAAAGUGACUAUACAACAAGAUGUUGUUGCUUCGAAAUCAAAAGAAGUGCAAGAAGCUUCGAAUGACUUGGCCAAGUUUUCCAAAAUGAUUGAGCUUGUAUCUUUUGCACCAUUCAAAGGUGCAGCACAAGCCUUGGAAAAUGCCAACGAUAUCUCUGAAGGUUUAGUAUCCGAAUACUUGAAAGAAGUUCUUCAACACAAUUUACCAAAAACCACCAAAAAGAUCAGUUUGGGUGUCUCGGACAAGAACUUGGGUCCUUCCAUCAAGGAAAUUUUCCCCAACGUUGAUGUCUUGUCUAAUGAAACAGUACAAGAUUUCCUUAGAGGUAUCAGAGUGUUUGGUCCUAAAUUAUUCAAGGACUUGCACGAUGGUGAUUUGGAAAGAGCACAAUUGGGUUUAGGUCACGCUUUUUCAAGAGCCAAGGUUAAGUUCUCCGUGCAGAAAAACGAUAACCAUAUUAUUCAAGCCAUUGCACUUUUGGACCAAUUGGACAAGGAUAUCAAUACUUUUUCAAUGAGAGUUAAGGAAUGGUACGGUUGGCACUUUCCUGAGUUGGCCAAGAUUGUGCCUGAUAACUACCAAUUUGCCAGAUUAGUAUUAUACAUCAAGGACAAGUCUAACCUCACAGAAGAAGAUCUCCAUGAUGUUGCAGCUAUUCUCAAUGAUGACUCUGGUGUUGCACAAAGAGUUAUUGACAAUGCCAAGAUCUCUAUGGGUCAAGAUGUUAGUGAACAAGAUAUGCAAAACGUUAUCACUUUUGCCCAAAGAGUUGUAAGCUUAACUGAAUACAGACAACAAUUGUACAAAUACCUCACAGACAAGAUGCACACCGUUGCACCAAAUUUGUCGACAUUGAUUGGAGAAGUUGUUGGUGCUAGAUUAAUUUCACAUGCCGGUUCAUUAACCAAUCUUUCCAAACAAGCCGCAUCUACUGUGCAGAUAUUGGGUGCUGAAAAAGCUUUGUUCAGGGCUUUGAAGACAAAGGGUAACACACCAAAAUACGGUUUGAUCUACCAUUCGUCAUUUAUUGGCAAAGCUGGUGCAAAGAAUAAGGGUAGAAUCUCGAGGUAUUUGGCCAACAAGUGUUCUAUUGCUUCCAGGAUAGAUAACUACAGUGACGAGCCAACCACUGCAUUUGGUGAAGUGUUGAAGAAACAAGUUGAGGACCGUUUGAAAUUCUACGACACUGGAUCAAAACCAAUGAAAAACUCAGAUGCUAUUAAGGCUGCUUUGGCAUUGAAUGCAUCCGAUUUAGUUGGUGAAGAUGCUGUGAUGGAAGACGCCGAGGCUGAGGUUGAGGAAUCAUCGAAGGAGAAGAAAGACAAGAAGGAGAAGAAGGAGAAGAAGGAAAAGAAGGAAAAGAAAGAGAAGAAAGACAAAAAAGAAAAGAAGGAGAAAAAGAGAAAGUCAGAUGACGGAGAAGAGAGCCCUAAGAAGAAGAAAAAGAAGACAAAGGAUUAG